UUGCCAGCGUACAACUCAAUUGUUGGCGGUGGCGAGCGUUUGGCGCGUUGCUGUGGCUUUGUCGCAGUGCGGCCUCACGACAGCGAUUCAGUUGCAUGCGCGUUGCAUUUCUGUUGGCUUGUCAAGUGGCAGUUCCGGUAUUUUACUAAAACUGAUAACCUUCAAGCGACAAAUAUUUGUGAAUUUAUAAAAAUAUAUAUGUACACAUAUUGAUUGAUAGGUUGACAGAUUGAUUGAUUGAUUGUAGAAAAUGUCCACCUGGAGUGGUGUGCGAACACGUAUAACCGCCUCUGUGCGCACCACAAAUCGCAUGAACGCUCUGCUCAUGGAAUCGAUGUUGGGCAAGAAACGCGCUCUACAGAAGCUGCAUUCAACCGUCGGUGAGGCUGAAGAUGUUGAGUGCGCUGAGGAGAAACCGAAACGUGAGUGGGAAUAUUUUCGUAAUAAUUUCAGCAUGGAAUCUGUUUAUAAGUUGAUUGAGACGGCUAUUGAGGAGCGUCUGACGUGGGAUCGCUUUGGUCGUUCCUAUGAUUCAUGGCGUUCGCUGCAAAUGGCUGAAACACUAGCGGCGGAUAUAAGAGAUCGGGUGAAGCGCUUGCAGCACAAGAGACAUCGCAUCGUUUGCUUGCUAUCAAUAGUGGAAAAACAAAAUCAAGGUCUCAGCUUCCGCAUGCGUCAUUUAUUGGAUGAGAAAAUGGAUAAUUUUACAAAUUUGAUUUAUGAACGGCCGUCUUACUAUAUGGUGGUGACUUUAUUUUUGGUGUAUAAGGAUUGAACAAAGCGACUUCCAUAAAGCUUUUACGUCCUACAGAGCUUUCGGCGCUUUUAAGUGGAUUGAAGAAAAAAUAUGCAAGGAGUAUGAAAGCUUUUAUAGUAUUGGUGAAAUUUGGUUUAGCAUAAUUCACAACCAUUUGAUUAAAAGCUAAUAAAAUCAAUAAGUACGAGUAUAUUUAGAUUUUAAUCAAAAGCUUCAGUGUAAUGUAAAUAAAUUAGGCA